AUGUCGUCGGACGAUGGUGGUGACCUUGUAAUCGCAGAAGAAGCGGAAGAAUCCACAACAGAGCCUUCUCAUCAUUCUACUGAACCUUUAAAGGUUACAACAACAUCGAAAGCGUUGAAUAAUGGCCAUAAUGGUCAUUUGGAUGGACUAAUGGCUUCUCCAUUACCUGCUCUACAAACAUUACCUUCAACUUCAAAACUGCCUAGUCCAUCAGUUCUGAAACAUCCUAGUCCAGCUGACAAAAAGCCAAAUAGCCCAGCUGUCAAGCAAAGUAGUCCAAAUGUUAGUAAACAAGGCGUGACAGGAGGUAACAAGCAAGGUAGUCCGGCUGUCAAUAAGCAGCCAAGUCCAAGCGUACCAAAGGCUAGUCCAGGACAAAACCAUUUGGCUAGCCCUAAUUUAAUUGGCCAGAAAAGCCCCGGAGUACCACAAGUUAGCCCACAAGCACUACUUAACUCAUCAGUACCAUCAAGCUCUCAAGGAGUACCACAAACAGUACCACAAACUACUUUAGUAGUACCAACGAACACUGCCGGAGUACCAUCCACCUCAUUAGGAGUACCACAGAAUCCACUGGGAGUACCUUCAAGCUCUAAUUCAGUACCUCAAGGACUUUCAGGAAUACCAUCCGGCUCUGUUCCAAGUACCAGUGCACAACCUGGUCCCUCGCCCAAGCCUGGUCCUUCGAAUGCCGAACCAACCGAAAAGGCAAAGCCAAAAGCAAAACCGAAGACAAAUGCACAACAAACGUUUGACUUUGACUAUGAUGGCCCACCAGUGUCCGUUUCCAAUGCUAUGGCAUUGGAGCUGGUCAACAGGUUCGGGUUGAACAAUGCUUGGGGUAAGUUGAAGUUCAGUUUUUAUGUUUGAAGCCUAGGUAUGAUACAGAAUGGCAGGUAGAAUUUGUAUAAAAUUGAUCAAAUAAUUCUGAGCCCCUUAACCACAAAAAGUUGCUUAUAUAGGGGCCCAAGAUUUAUUGAACAACCUAAUAUAAUCUUUUUUGUGAAACGGUCCCCCUCUGGACUUUUAAAAAUUAAAAACACAAUUUUUCCCUAUCUUCAUGUAUACAGUACCAUACUAUACCACAAUCCCUAACAAUAAACUUUCCAGGCGCCUUCCUAAAGCUACGAGGCUACAAAACCCUGUACGAUAAGUCAGUCCCUCAACCUCCCGAGCAUGUUCAAGCUUUGAAGCGAUUCAGACGAAAAAUCAGAAAUGUGAGAGAGACCUUUAAUCAAUGUAGAGAUGAAGGACAAGAUACUGACCCAUUUAUGACCAGAGACUUUGUUAUUGAAUUGAAAGGAAAUGGAGGAGAUGAGAAGCCAGACAGUCCAGCUCCAAUCAAAAGAAAGGCUAAUGGAAAGGCUGGGGAUCAGCAUGAAGAAGGUGCUCCAGAAUCCGCUUUGAAGCCUAAUGGUGACAGUUCUAACUUAUCAAUCCCAACUGAUCCUACUCCACCUGCCAAAAGACAACGAAAGUCUAAAAAAGAUGCCAAAAAAGGUAAGAUUAUUUUCGUUUUUAAAACAUUUUAUGGUUUAAUUUGCACCUAAAACAAUAUAAGCUGUAUCAAAAAAUUGUUUUCUAAUUAUUCUAAAGCCCAAAAUACCAAACAAACUUCCAAAAAUGAAAAUUUCCCUUCAGAACCCCAAGUACCAACAACAGCCCCAUUAACAAUAGGAAUAUCGCCUCAGGUCACAAGUUCAGGGCCAUCUUCAGAUGGUCUUUUGAACAAACGAAUCGACGAAAUUAUGACAAAUGUCAUGGAAAAAGCCAAGUCCAUUCCUAGUAACGUACCGGCAGCCACGAGUGCUCCAGUCAACUCAACUGUAGCUAUUAACGUUACGCCAGUCGUUACUCAAAAGCCAGGUAAGUUAGUUGAUAAGGGUUUAGCUGUAGGAUCAACAAUUCAAAUUCUCAAAUUCUAGUGUUGUAUAAAAAAUAAUGAGCUACUAAACCGUUGUGUAAAAAAUAAUGAGCUACUGAACCACUAAAUAUCGCUAUGAGAUAUGACUCAUUACUUUUUAUACAACCUAUAUAUAAUAAAAAGAAAAAAACUUAGUAUAAGGACAUUAUUUUUGUUACUACAUAGAUAUAUCUACUGCAGUAGCUACUAUAAUAUGCCAAAAAUUAAAAACUGACAAAAUUCGUUCCAGAACCUCCGAAACCAACGACAAUCCUAACACCAGCUCAGCCUGUACAACUGAAUGCAACCCAAUUACCUCAAUUGUCAAUGGAUCAACUACACGAUCUGUAUCGACAGAAUUCAGGUCUAUUUGCCAGCCUGCCACAGACUUCGUUCCCAAUCCAAAACCUCUUAACUACUACGACACUGAACCCAACUUCGAGGGUAAGUUAAUAUUAAUAAGUUAACGUCUUUAAAAUAUACAAUUUUUGCUCAAAUUUAAAAAUUAGGCCAUUCUUUACCUAACAUACUAUCCAAACUCACCUUGUCUUUUCAGGCGCCUCAACCAAUGAUGUCCCCGGCCGCUUCCCUAGCCAUCAAUCCCCAGAAUCACAACCGAUUCUUCUUCCAAAACGCUCCAAAUGCCCACUUCAUCGACCCCAACACCACCCAAAUGUUUCUACCACCCACACCCCAGCCCACGCCCGCUCUCAACGGCCAUCCCUUCCCAUUCGCAUCGACCGGUCUUGGCACCGCAUCGCUGAUUCGUGCUCUACAAGUACCUCAAACCCAUCAACUCCACACCGUACCCAUCACAAACUGGGCUCAACCUAUUCAACCGGUCGUUUCUCAUCAUGAAAUUCGAGAAGUCAAGAAGGCAGAUGGAGUACAAGUUAGUCAGAUAUCUACAGUACCGGCUAGUACAGCUACCACUUCUUCCGAGAGUACUAGUGCGGAGAUAAAGAAGUCUGAAAAAGAUACAAAGUCAGAAACUGCAUCCUCGAGCAAAGAAAAGACAAAAGAGGACGACAAGGCUUCUGAAUCUGUUAAAGAAAACGUUAAAGUUUCAAAAGACAAUCAGAAGGAUACGAAGAACAACCAAAAAGAUGCCAAAGAUAACAAAAGUCAGAAAGAUCAAAAAGAAAAGACAAAAGAAGAGUCAGAACAGGAAGUCGAGGUGGAUUCAGAAGUGGAAACAAAGACAAAACCAGGUCGAAAAUCGAAUGCCAAAAAGAGUAAAGAAGAAGAUAAAAAGAGUCAAGAUCUUCUGAAAAAGGUAGAAGAUCUAGAAGAACGGCUUCAGGAGCUAGAAGAGUCAUUAACGGCCGAGAAGACCAAGUUUACAGCUCAGAAAAAGCGAAUGGACGGAAUGAGGGAUAAGAUGAAGAAGAAAGAAGACGAACUCCAGACGGCCAAGAUCGACUACGCUUGUCAGAAGGCGGAUAACACGACGCUCAGGGAUCAGAUGGAGAAGUUGAGGUACGUUUUUGUUUUCAGAUCAAAUAAAUUGUGGCAGAAAAUCGCUGAAAGCUAGUACGUGUCAAGUCUUUCUUUCUCUUUUGCCAAGUUUUUUCUUAUUAUAGUCUAUUUAUAGCCUACAAAACCUUGAAAACUAAGAAGCCCAGGUCUUUUUACACCAUUAAUGAUAACGCUAGGUUGUUUUACAUCAUUUUUCAUAAUUCUCGCAAGACCUAUGUUAAUAUUCACACUUUCAGACAAGAAAACGAAUCCCUAAAGACCCGCCUCGCCCAAUACGAAAAGUCUGAUGAACAAGAAGAUCCUCAAGAAUCAGAUCGUAACUCAAAAAGCCCUAGUCCAGCUGUAAAACGAAGAGGUCGACGUCAAACUACGCGCCUCGACCCUUCACCUUCAGUCCCAUCCCGAGCUGGAAGUCGACGAGCUUCAACUCCAGUAAAGAAGCCGGCUCCACGAAAGCGGAAAGCCGAUGCCAAUGAAUCUGCCAGCUCUGUAGCCAACGAAGAAGAGAGUGAAGAUGGCAACAGAAGGCAGAGUAAAAGGAUCUCUGCUGCUAGGUCAAAGCUAUUGUCUUCUACCAUGAUGUAA